CUUCGCCUCCGCACACAGUAGAAGACUGACGUGCGAAGGGGAGACGCCGUGAAACCGAAAAGAAACCCCAAAGGUGAAUCAUGGCUCGUACCAAGCAGACCGCUCGCAAGUCCACCGGAGGAAAGGCUCCGAGGAAGCAGCUGGCCACCAAGGCGGCGAGGAAAAGCGCGCCAUCCACCGGCGGCGUGAAGAAGCCCCACAGAUACAGGCCUGGGACCGUCGCUCUGCGUGAGAUCCGUCGUUAUCAGAAGUCCACCGAGCUGCUCAUCAGGAAGCUGCCGUUCCAGCGUCUCGUGAGGGAAAUCGCUCAGGACUUCAAGACGGAUCUGCGUUUCCAGAGCGCAGCGAUCGGCGCUCUGCAGGAAGCCAGUGAGGCGUACCUGGUUGGACUGUUUGAGGACACUAACCUGUGCGCUAUUCACGCAAAGAGAGUUACGAUCAUGCCCAAGGACAUCCAGCUGGCCAGGCGGAUUCGAGGAGAGCGCGCAUAAAUGAUUACUUUGAUUUUAUCUUUUUAGUAGGGGGUGGGUGGGUCUGACUGGGGUUUUGUUUUUGUAAAUCUUGGAAUUAUUACCAGCAUGCGUAUCACCUGAUUUGCCACAUGUAGUUUCCGUCAUGUUUUUCUGAUUGUACUUUCUUUUACUCUUUACUUUCUCCUGUCCUAUUUACGGUAGUGUAGCGCUUCAUAUCUGAAAAACAAAAUACUCCACUGCCUUUCUCAGGUUUGCAAAUAUAUUUUAGAAUCUGGACCAUUUGAUCCUGUGUGCAUGUCAUGGGAUUUCUUGUGCUGUAAAUAAACUUUCCGCUACCUCAAA